CUCCGUCGCUAACGUGCAGCCGCGUGUUGCGUAACACUGCAUGCUGACACUCGUUUGUAAAGAACUGGAGAAGCUUUGAACACAGUUCGCAGUUAACACAGUUUUUGAGCCUAAAAUAGCCGCUUAGAACCAAAAUGGCUGACUUCCUGUGUCUUUUCGGGCACAGCCGGGGGGCAAAGCGCGGAACGCUGAUGUUGAUGGAUUUGAGGCGUGGCGGCCGGCGGCCCUGAGCGCCCGUGAGCGUCGGCCAUGGAAAAACGGGAGUCGGGCCGGACCGCCGGUCCGGUGGUGCGUCAGAUCGACAAGCAGUUUUUGGUGUGCAGCAUCUGUCUGGACCACUACCGCAACCCCAAAGUGCUGCCCUGUCUGCACACCUUCUGCGAAAGCUGCCUGCAGAACUAUAUUCCACCCGAGUCUCUGACGCUGUCGUGUCCUGUAUGUCGGCAGACGUCCAUCCUGCCGGAGAAAGGCGUGUGCGCUCUGCAGAACAACUUCUUCAUCACCAACCUGAUGGAGGUCCUGCAACGAGAGUCCGAGUGUUCGAGACCUGAGGCCUGCAGCGUCCUGGAGUCGGUUAGCGCCGCGGUGGCGGGGAAACCGCUCAGCUGCCCCAACCAUGAGGGGAAGGUCAUGGAGUUCUACUGCGAGUCGUGCGAGACUGCCAUGUGUCUGGAGUGCACGGAAUGCGAGCACCGCGAACACGUCACCGUCCCGCUGCGCGACGUCGUGGAGCAGCACAAGGCGGGACUCAAGAGCCAGCUGGACGCCAUCCGCAGCAGGUUGCCCCAGCUCACGGCGGCCAUCGAGCUGGUGAGCGAGAUCUCCCGCCAGCUGACCGAGCGCAAGAACGGAGCGGUGGCGGAGAUAACGAGCACUUUCCAGGAGCUGGAGCGAUCCUUAGAGCAGCGCAAGACGACGUUGGUGGCCGACCUGGAGAACAUCUGCGGCGCCAAGCAGAAGGUCCUCGAGGCCCAGCUGGCGGCUCUCCUCCAAGGCAGGGAUCACAUCCAGAGCAGCUGCAGUUUCACCGAGCAAGCGCUGAACCACGGCAGCGCCACGGAGGUUCUGCUUGUCCAGAAGCAAAUGAGUGAGCGCGUGACGGCGCUGGCGAGACACGACUUCCCAGAGAGACCGCAUCAGAACGCACACCUGGACUGUCAGGUGGAGACUGAAGGUCUGCGCCGGUCCAUCCAGAAUCUCGGUGUUCUGCUGACCACGUCGGCGGUGGCUCACACCUCGGUGGCCACGGGCGAGGGUCUACGCCACGCCACCACCGGCCAGCACCGCAGCAUCACCGUCACCACCAAAGACAAAGACGGCAAACUAGUGAGGACGGGUAACGCGGUUUUGAAAGCGGUGAUCACGUCGGUGGGGGACUGCAGCCGCGCCGCCGAAACGGAGGUGACGGAUAACAAGAACGGCACGUACGAGGUGGGCUACGCGCUGCGCGGCGAGGGCGAGUACGCCUUGGCGCUAAGCCUGUAUGGGCAGCCGGUGCGCGGCAGCCCCUUCCGCCUGCGCGCCGUCAAGCCCUGCGACGUGCCGCCCUCGCCCGACGACGUCAAACGCCGCGUCAAGUCGCCCGGUGGCACCGCCGGCCACGUCCGGCAGAAGGCGCUCAGGCGGCCCUCCAGCAUGUACGGCACUGUUAAGAAGAAGGAGAACCCCAUCGAGGACGAGCUCAUCUACAGAGUCGGAUCCCGAGGGCGAGAGCGAGGCGAGUUCACCAACGUCCAGGGCAUCUCGGCGUCCAGUAACGGCCGAGUGGUGGUGGCGGACAGCAACAAUCAAUGCAUCCAGAUCUUCUCCAACGACGGCCAGUUCAAGAUGCGCUUCGGCGUCCGCGGCCGCACGCCGGGCCAGCUGCAGCGCCCCACCGGCGUCGGCGUGGAUUCCAACGGCGACAUCGUGGUGGCCGAUUACGACAACCGCUGGGUCAGCAUCUUCUCCCCGGACGGCAAGUUCAAGAACAAGAUCGGGUCGGGCCGCCUGAUGGGUCCGAAGGGCGUGGCCGUGGACAAGAACGGCCACAUCAUCGCGGUGGACAACAAGGCGUGCUGCGUCUUCAUCUUCCAGGCCAACGGGAAGCUCGUCACCAAGUUCGGGGGACGCGGCGUUUCCGACAGGCAAUUCGCAGACAAACUUCUUCCAAACGUAACUAAGUCAGGCUCAGUGUUCAGUCCUCACUUCGUGGCCGUCAACAACAAGAACGAAAUCGUCGUCACCGACUUCCACAACCACUCGGUCAAGGUUUACAGCGCCGACGGCGAGUUCCUGUUCAAGUUCGGCUCUCACGGCGAAGGCAACGGUCAAUUUAACGCGCCCACCGGCGUCGCCGUCGACGCCAGCGGCAACAUCAUCGUCGCCGACUGGGGGAACAGCAGGAUACAGGUUUUCGACAGCACGGGCUCGUUCCUGUCGUACAUCAACACGUCGGCCGACCCGCUGUACGGCCCCCAAGGCCUCGCCCUCACCUCGGACGGACACGUGGCCGUGGCCGACUCGGGAAACCACUGCUUCAAGGUCUACAGAUACUUGCAGUAGUACCCGCGCUCCCGAAGCUAGGCGACGAAACAAGCCACUGGGAAUCCCCGGAACGGACUUUUGUGGUUUUUGUUGUUGUCUUUUGGUAGCUAGAUCCGUACAAAAUGUCCUCUCGUUUCCGAACACAAUGAAACAUUUCCAGCUCCACGCUCAACCCUUGACGCAACAUCACGUGAGAACGUUGUUGUCGUUUUACAAGAAUUCCGCUCCAUGGUAAAAGUCCUAACAGUUCACAAGAAAAAGUCUGAAUUUUACAUCAAUGAAGUUUUUUUUUUUUUUAAUUCCAGAAAAUUCCAUGAAAAUCUUUUGUCCUGCAAAAUAUGAACCUAAUGCGUAAAUAAUCUUUAGCAGGAACGAUUUUUCAAUUUUAUGAGAAUUUCUUUUUACAUUACGAGAAAGAAGGUUGUAAUAUUACGUAGAGGAAAAGGAAGAGUAUCAAUGGCAAUAUUCUGAAAAAUCAUUUGUGAAAAGAUUUCCUAACAUUUAAGGAAAAAGUUGCAAUAAUAGUGCAAAUUAUAAUUAUUAAUGCGUGUAAAUUAAGGUUGCAAGAGAUUUUUACAUGACAAUGUGUAAUACUUUCCAGAAAAGAAUUGAAUUUGAAUUGUUUUUUUUUACCUCAUAAGGAUAAAUCUAAUAUUUCACGUCGAAAACUUUUUAUGGGAAAACAGAAUAAACAUUUUGAAAAAAAAUAUAAUUUUACAAGAAUAAAGACAAGAUCUGAAAAAAAUCGCAAUUUUACCAGUCUGACUCUUCCUAAAAAAAUAGAAUGGUGAGACAAAAAAAAAAAAAUUGAAAACAAAAGGAUUCUUUUGUAAAACAAGUUAUUUUUACAUAAGUAAGUCAGAAUAUUUUACGACGACAGUUUUGGGCAAAAAUUAUUGCGUAACGAACGUGCAAAAAAAAAUGAUGCACAAAAAAUGCUGGAUUAACAAAGUAGUAAUGUCAUAAGAAAAAAAUAAGAUUCGGAAUAUUACAUGGUAAAAAUGUACUGACAAAAAAUGUUACGUGGAUAUUUCAAGGGAAAAGUCUAAAUUAUACGUUUUUAUUGUCCGAUGCUAACUCGUUCUUUUUUCCGUUAUCCAAAGCACAAACUAAAGAAGAAAACCCCUCUCUGAUUGUACAUAACUAAUUGAAUUAUAAUGACGCUAAAUGAGCCGAACUUUAGUGUUUGUUGCCGACCGACUCCCCAUAGGAAUAUUUUUAUAAUUCUGCCGAAACAUCAAAACCAAACUCCUGCCAAAACAUUUAUUGUACCAGCACUGUAUAUCAUAUAAGAAGAGUAAUAUAUAGAAAUGUAUAUGUGUAUAUUUGUUUUUUUGUGUGUUUUUCUGCGUGAAUGAAACAGCAGCUGACACCAAACAUGACAAAUAAAGUUUCAUUGUAAAUAAAAACAUUUACAAAAAGUGUCGUGGUCGUAAAAAUGAAUCAAACGAGCACUUUUUUUCCCCCCUUUUUAAUUUUUUAAAAUCCCGUUGAGUCGGUAACACUAAGAUACAAUAAAGAGAUCAUCCUUAUAUACAUUACAUAUUGAACUUUAUAUGGCACUGAUGAAUCCUGAAAAAAAAAGGCUUGAAAUGAAAUAAAACAGCAUUUGCAAAAAAACCCAAAAAAA